GUUUUCCCCACCCCACCCUUUGAAUAUUAUUCUUUUGAAGAUUCUUCGUUGUCAAGCCGCCAAAGUGGAGAGUGUGAUUGCAGAAGGGGGUGCUUCUCGUUUCAGUGCUUCUUCGGGCGGAGGAGGAGGUCGGGGUGCACCUCAGCACUAUCCCAAGACUGUCGGCAACAGCGAGUACCUGGGGAAAUCCCCAGGGCCUAGCGUUCAGAGAUGGGUUCCUUCAAGAAGCACUAGACGAGAUGUCAACACCUCCAACGAAAAAGAACGACACGAUGCUAUAUUCAGGAAAGUAAGAGGCAUACUUAAUAAGCUGACCCCUGAGAAGUUUGACAAGCUAUGCCUUGAGCUCCUUAAUGUGGGCGUAGAUUCUAAACUCGUCCUCAAAGGAAUAAUCUUGCUGAUUGUAGACAAAGCCCUAGAAGAGCCCAAGUACAGCUCGCUCUAUGCUCAGCUAUGUCUGCGCUUGGCAGAGGAUGCACCAAACUUUGAUGGCCCAGCACUUGAGAUCCAAACCUCCCAAAAGCAGAGCACAACCUUCAGAAGACUUCUGAUAUCCAAGCUUCAAGAUGAAUUUGAAAACCGCACCAAAAAUGUUGAAAUCUAUGACAAACAGGACAACCCUCUCACCUCUGAGGAGGAGGAGCAGCGAGCCAUUGCCAAGAUCAAGAUGCUCGGCAACAUUAAAUUCAUCGGCGAACUUGGCAAACUCGACCUCAUCCACGAAUCUAUCCUUCAUAAGUGCAUCAAAACACUUCUGGAAAAGAAGAAGAGGGUCCAGCUCAAGGAUAUGGGGGAGGAUCUGGAGUGCCUCUGUCAGAUAAUGAGAACUGUGGGGCCGAGACUCGAUCAUGAGAAAGCAAGGUCUUUAAUGGAUCAGUACUUUGGCCGUAUGCAAUCCUUAAUGAACAACAAGGACUUGCCAGCAAGGAUUCGUUUCCUGCUGCAAGAUACAGUGGAGCUGCGAGAAAACAACUGGGUUCCUCGCAAAGCUUUUAUUGACAACGGACCAAAGACGAUUAACCAGAUUCGUCAAGAUGCAGUGAAGGUUCAAUUUUUAUAUGAUUUGGGUGUCUUCAUUCCGCCCAUGACCCAGGGAAUGAGGAUGGACUUCUUUCUGGAUGGCCCUUUCAUGCCACCCAGGAUGAAACUGGACAGAGAAACUCUUGGGGGAUUGGCUGACAUGUUCGGACAAAUGCCAGGCAGUGGCAUAGGGACGGGUCCCGGAGUCAUUCAGGACCGCUUCUCGCCCACAAUGGGCCGCCAUCGCUCCAACCCGCUCUUCAAUGGACACGGUGGACACAUGGCUCCUCCGCCACAGUCUCAGUUUGACUUGGGCGUCAAACCGUUCAUGAAAACCAACCAGGGACAGAAUCAGCAUUUCCACAAUCAGAACCAGAGCCACCCAUCCCAGCAGCAGGCCCAGUCAAAGGACAUGCCUCCCAGGUUUAUCAAGAAAGGACAGCUUAAUGCAGAUGAGGUACGAGCGGGUGGAUUCGCUACACAGCAGCCUCAUGCAGUGUGCCCGAUCAGUCUGAGACCAGCACACUCCUUCCCCGUUAACAAAAAUCAAGUGCCAAAGCUGCAGCCUCAGAUCCCCACCAUGAUUCCUCCAAGUGCGCAGCCACCCCGCACCCAGACCCCUCCUCUUGGACAGCCUCAACUUGGUCUGAAAACCAACCCCCCUGUGAUCCAGGAAAAACCUCAGAAGACCAACAAGAAACCUGCUCCUGCAAAGGAGGAACUCCUCAAAAUGACAGAGACCAUUGUGACUGAGUAUCUAAACAAGAAGAACAUGGAUGAUGCAGUGAAUGGGAUCCGAGAAAUAAAAGCACCCAAGCAUUUCCUUCCAGAGAUGUUAAGCAAAAUCAUUGUGUGCUCUCUGGAGAGGUCUGAUGAGGACAAAGAGCAGGCCAGCGCCUUUAUCAACACCCUCCGCACUGAGGGCCUAGUUACGGGCGAGAACUUCAUGCAGGCUCUCCUGAAUGUGUUGGACCAGUGUCCCAAGAUCGAAGUGGACAUCCCGCUGGUGAAGUCCUACCUGGCGCAGUUUGCGGCACGGGCCAUCAUGGCAGAGCUGGUGACAGUGGCCGAGCUUGGCCACCCGCUGGAGAAUGGCACCCACUUCCCCUUCUUCUUGCUCUGCUUGCAGCAGGCUUCUAAGCUGAAGGACCGCGAGUGGCUCAUUGACCUCUUCCAGCAGAGCAAGGUCAACAUGCAGAAGAUGCUCCCUGAGAUCGACCAGAAUAAGGAUCGCAUGUUGGAGAUCCUGGAGGGGAAGGGCCUGAGCUUCCUGUUCCCCCUGCUGAAACUGGAGAAGGAGCUGCUGAAGCAGAUCAAGGCAGACCCCUCCCCUCAGGCCAUCUACAAGUGGAUCAAAGACAACAUCUCCCCCAAACUGCACACCGACAAGGGCUUCAUCAACAUCCUCAUGACCAGCUUCCUACAGUACAUCUCUCAUGAGAUGGGCCUGUCGGACUCUGAGGACCAGCUGGCAGCCCCCUCCAAAGAACAGCUGGAGCAGGAGAAGCAGCUGUUGCUGGCCUUCAAGCCAGUCAUGCAGAAGUUCCUGCAUGACCACACGGACCUUCAGGUCAGCGCCCUCUAUGCGCUUCAGGUGCACUGCAAUGCCUGCUCCUUUCCCAAGGGCAUGCUGCUGCGCUACUUUGUCAACUUUUACGAUAUGGAGAUCAUUGAAGAAGAAGCCUUCCUAGCAUGGAAAGAAGACAUCACCCAAGAAUUCCCUGGAAAAGGAAAAGCACUGUUCCAGGUGAACCAGUGGCUGACCUGGUUGGAAACAGCUGAGGAAGAGGAGUCUGAAGAGGAAGGAGACUGAGAAACCAGCCAAAGCCUCAGAGUGUAGAACCUUCUGGAUGAAUACUGCAAUAUUGACCCCUUCCCUCCCUCCCUCCAUCCCUCCACUCUCCCUCCCAGCCCCAUAAUCCAGAACACACAACCACUUGACAUGCCCCCUGCUGCUCAACUCGUACUGUACACUAUAAAGCAUUAUGAAGAGAUAAGAGUUAUACCAGUGAGGCCAUUUGUUUUGCUUCUAGCAUCGGAAAUAUGCUGCAUGACAAGACAUCUUUAGGUUUUGUGUUAUGGUUGUGAGCGUGUCUGUGUGCGAACGAGAUCUAUGGGAAUGGGUAGACUGCACCACAGAACUCAACAGGCGACUGUGUUCCUCAGGGUUUACUGGCAUGGUUGAACAAUAUGUCAUUGGUUUCUAGGUGUGUGUCCCCUGUUACCUUCUUGAAAACCGUCAGAGGUUGUGUGAAACAGGGAGAGGGAGAGCCGUCUGUUGACGUAUAGAUAUUUAGACCACAACUCGUGUUUAAUUCUCUUGUUCUCAUGGAUCUGUUACCUGCUUUCUCCUCGUUGCCCAUAGAGAAUUGUGAUGAGGAACACAGACUUAUUGUUGAGUGUGUGGCUCCAUCUUCCCCUGUCAGUAGUGCAGUUAUCUACAGCCUUCUCAAUCGCAUUGUACUGGAGUGAUUUGCAAUACCUACACAAGCCUGUCAGUUACAAAAGAAUCUCUUUGAGGUAAUCAGAAACUUUAUUGUAUUUGUUUUUUUUUUUUUUUUUGUUGUUUUUUUUUUUUUUUUAGGCUCUGUUUCUACCUCUUCAGUUCCUAGGCUUUCUUUUUAUUUCUCUUCUGACUCAUCUGUACUUAAGAGGUGUGCUCCCGUUCACUACUGUCAUCUGCAAUGCCCUGGUCAGUGCACCAGUCACCAGGGAGGACCUGGUCUGUGGACAGACUCCACCUCCGAGCCCUGCAGGGCAGUAGCUCUCAUGUGCUUCUUGGGGGGAUGUCCCUCGACUGUGUGAAGUGCAACACUGGCCUAUGAAGCCGUCAGUGUCUGUCCCUCUUUUUGUCUUUGGCACGCCCACUCCUUUCUCCACUCAGUAUUUUGUAAGGUAUUGAAUUUUGCUAUUUUGUUUCUUUUUUUGUCAAUUUUGUUUUUCCUUUUCUUAAAUAAUGGCAGUGAAGAAAAUCUGAUCUAUCCUGCAAAAAGCCUUGGGCUGCCUCCCAUUAAAAUGGGCAAAACUAAGCAUUUUAACCUGCCUUUUUUUUAAUUUGGUGAAUAAAUGUUGAGAUAAUGAAUUGGUUCGGAACUCUACCUCCAUGCACAUCUGGAGAGAUUUCUUUUUUAAGGCUUUUACCCUUGUCAAGAAGAAAUGUAAUUGACAAGUGAUUGAAAACGGUGAAGGAGAAGGUGCAUUGUCCUCGAUCAGUGGGGCUUCCUCUGAUGUGAGCACAGCUUUGCUUCUGUAAAACUAAAUGGCUUAGAUCAUGUAACUGUAAGGAUGUUUUAAAAUGCUCGAUUGUGCACCACUGUUGCUUAACUCAUUAAAGGUUAACACUUGAUCACCAAGAAAGUA